AUGAAGUACGACCUCGAUCUCACAUUUGGCGAGAUCUUCAAUGACGACUCAGAUGCGUUCCUUGAUCAAUUAAUAGACAUCCAAAACCACCAGGCAAACCGCGAAGAAUCAGAGAAAUGGGUAGAUCAAUUGCGAUUCAUUGACAUCUCCAAUGUUCCCGACUUGAGAAAAGAAGAUGAUGGAAAAUGGAUGUCCUAUAUUGGGGAGUCCACAAUGAUGUUCCGCGGACCGAAGAAGCCUCUGAUUUUGCCACUGCUAGAAAAGAAAGACGACGACAGGAGAGCAGAUUACGUUGCCGUUUCAUGGAGAUGGACCAAAGGAAAACAGUUACCGAAAUGGGGUUGCGACGUUCGAGAGAGCUUCGACUAUAUGAUACAGAGACCUGGCGAGAAACCACACAAGAGCAAGUUUCCGGACCACUACUUCGAGAGGGUCAUCUUGCAUGCUCAGGAUGAGGAUGUGACCCGCUUGUGGAUCGACAAGGAAUGCAUCUAUCAACGACCAGGAGAUGACCCUGAGGACCUCCGUCUUGGCGUCCAGAUCAUGGAUGUAGUGUACGGAGAGAGCAUGUUCUCUGUCGGGCUCCUGACCACGCCGCUGAUGCACCAACACGAGGUCGACUUGCUGGCUGAACUGCUAUCGGGUGCCAUCUUUCAUAAGCCGAAUGACACAAACAACCCGAGAUACAAGCGAGAUCCGAGGAUGGACACGAAGAUCUUACAGGUCCAGACAUUGAUCCUCCGCAUCUUGAGCGACUCACGAUGGUCACGCGGAUGGAUAUUCCAAGAAGAUCAUCUAGCAUCGGAUCGAAUGGUUUUGAUGAUACCACACACCAAAAGGCUGAAGACAGAUACAAGUUUGUAUGCCUUUGGUGCCAUUCCAGGUAAUCUCAAAGUCAAACUUUCCGCCUUCCGCAGGGCAGUCACGAUGUUUAGUAUGGCCAGCGACGAAAAUGAAUGCCGUUGGCCAUUCAGCGAGAUGCUAGGGAAAGCGAAGCAAUACAAUAUCUUCAACAAAAAGCUGAACAACAUCGAAUCAAAUCCGCGCAAACACGGAAUACGCACGUGGACUGAUGGGAACAUGGGCGGAGCAAAGAUGAACCGCAAGGUCCACUAUUACAACGAGUCCACGUAUCCCAGCACUACGCACAGUAUUUUGGAUGAUAUAUGCCAUCGCGACCUGGAAAAGAUGGAGGAUCGAGUCGCCAUUAUGGCCAAUGCCGCAAGAUUCUCGAAACGACUUGACACUAGCUCAGAAUCACCUCUCGUCAAAUCCGAGGAAUACAGUCUUUCGGCCAUUCUCCUGACUCUCAUUCUGAUCAAUGGAGAGAUCAUGAAAACUUCUGACAUGAUAAGAAAAGAGGGUCUGAUGAACUCGACUUUGCGCAGCCUUCUGCAAGACAUGCAAUACAGAUUCAGCGCCCCUCUGCUAAAGUAUGAGCAGUCUUUCAUAGAUCAUUGUCGCCUGAAGGGCUCCACAAUCAGCCGGCGUGGCGUCGAAGCUCAAGGUUUCCUCUUCAAGCUUCUUCUCAAUCGCAGACCGCCUGCUGCCAGUAGCAAACCAGACCCUUUGAAACUCACUGACGGUGACCGGAAGAAGAUCUCUCGUUUGAGGGUGAAAGACCCUGGCGCGGAGAAUAUUGUGCCCGGGAGAAAAUUUAAUCGUCUUGCCGAGGAGAUCAUACUGAUCUUGACCAGUAAGCUCCGCAAGAACUACGGCCAGAGAUGUGAACUAGCGGAUUUCCUAGAAGAGAAGCUAGAGUGGGACCGUGACCCGCAGGCACCAGAAGAGACCCAACCUUCAACACCAUAUGUACUGAACAUGAUGGCUGGCCUUGUACAGGCACUCGUUGAUGAUCGCGAACUCCGUUUUGCAAUCCUGAAUGGCGAGCCUGACACAGCACAACCCUCGGCCAUAUUCAUAGCACCUUUUCAAAACGACGUAUGGGUCAGUGAGUACGUGACAAGCAUGUGUGAUGACGGGACUGGACACUCUUUCGUCUUUACGAGCUGGGACAAUGGUUGGCGCAAUCAUAGCAUGGAGCGCCUGGCAAGCAUGGAGGUCGCUGCGUUCAAGUUAGAGCCAUUUGAAGUACUGUCGCACUGGGAUCCGGAUCAAACGGACAAUUCUUUCUUGCGAAGCUAUAGCUGGAUCAACGGGGUGUGGAAAGCUGAAGGAAAGCGCAUGGGAAAGUACACUUUUCCAAUUACGGGGCUGACAGUUCCGCAUCCGCGGCCUAUCGAGGAUACUCUUGGGAAGAGGAAGAGGGACAACGGGGACAAUGGAGAUAGCAGUGCAGACUCUGCUGUUUCGAGUGGCGGAGAUGAUACAAGUUGA